AUGGCUCGUACUACACUCUCUUUCUAUGCUGUUUGCUUCAUCUUAGCCCUUACGGGCUCUGCUUUGCCGGCCAAGCCCGCCGACCCUUCCUCCUCUGCCGGUGAGGUUGCCCCCAGCGGCAGGGCGAAUUUUGCCUACGAUGCGGUGAAGUCUGUCACCCACAUGGCGCAGGAGAUGAAUAAAGAAUUCAAUGACGAUGAUGAGACGCCGAAGCCCACGCCCAUCGAUACCCACUCUGUUCUUCCCACGCCUUCCAGCAGUGGAUCAGCAACCAAGUCCCUAAAGGACAACUACGAAGAGCAAACCGCACAGAAAGUGCAUGAUCUCGAGGAGCCCUCAUCCUCACCAGAACCGAAAGCCAACGCUCAGACAGAGCCUCCAACGGAAGAGCGAAAGCAAAACGAGCCUGCUCCCACUCCUACUCCCACGAAGCAGCAGCCCGCCAGCAGCUCCUCUGCAGCUCCAGCCGCUUCUAGCUCUGUUCAUAAAGAAGACGCUAUCACUAAGCUUCCUGUCGUCGGCCCUGUCCUGGGCAAAGUGCUGCUGUAA